GAACAGCUUAAGUCACUAGCUGUUGAUCACAUCAUGGGAGAUAUGGAAGAGGGUGCAAAUGUUCAGAGGCCACCACUGCUACGUGGUCAUAACUAUAAUUUUUGGAAAGGCCGAAUGAGAGCUUUCCUUAAAUCUCUAGGAGGUGGUGUAUGGAGAAGCGUGGAGACAGGUUGGACAGAACCACGAAAAUACUCAGAAGAUCUGACCACAUCAACUAUUAAGCCAUUUGAAGAGUACAGCAGAACAGAAGCCAUUGCAGCAGAGUUCAACGACAAAGCCCUGAAUGCAAUUUUCGGAGCAGUUGACUCUACUCAGUACAAACUUAUCUCAAACUGUGACAAUGCCAAGGAAGCUUGGGAUAUUCUCGAAGUUACUCAUGAAGGAGAUGAGGAAGUAAAAACGGCCAAGUAUCAAAUUCUCAUGACGCAAUACGAGAAUUUACGCAUGGACGAUAAAGAAAAAAUAACAGAAUUUCAUGGUAGAGUGAGAGAUAUCGCAAAUCAGGCUGCACGUCUUAAUGAAUCCAUUCCUGAAAACAAGCUUGUGCUCAAGGUAUUGCGAUCAUUGCCAAAAGAAUAUGACAUGGAUGUCAAAGCAAUCAGAAGGCCUCACAACAUAAAAAAUAUGACUCUUGAUGCACUCAUGGGAAUAUUGGAGUCAAUUGAGCUUGACAUGAUGGAAGACGGUAAGCGUCGGAAGCCAGAUAAACAAAUUGCUUUCUCCACCACAGAGGCAGAAGAUGACAGUGAACAUGAUCUGUCACUAGAUGAAGACUUUCAGAAACAACUGUCACUCUUCACACGCCAGUUCAAAAAACAAUGGAUGCAGAAGAAAGGAAAUCAACGAAUGGAGGGAACAUCAAAGGGACCUUUUCAGAAAGAUACCAAGCACAGAGAAGUUAAAUAUCCAGACAAUGUCACUUCCGUGAAGAAAAAGGGACCACAAUGCUUUGAGUGCAGUGGAUAUGGGCAUAUUCAGUCUGAAUGCACAAACAACCUGAAGAAAAAGAGACAGGCGUUUACCGCAACCUGGAGUGAUGAAGAAGUAGAUGAGCUUGGGGAUCACGGUGAGCAAAAUUGUGCCUUCAUUGCCUGUGAAAACUCAGAUUUGGAAAACAGUCUUGCUGAACAACUUGAAGAUCUACAAGAGAAGUGGGCAGAACUGCUGAUGGUGAACAAACGGAAUGUGGCAGACAAGAACAGGUUACUCUCUGAAAUGGAAGCACUUAAGCAGAAGAUUGAAGAAUCAAAGCACAAGAUCACCAAACUGGAAGGAGAAAACUCAAACUUGCGCUAUGAAAUUAAUCAACUGAAGUCCUAUCAGAAGUGGAUUAAGGUGGCAGGAGCUGAGGUGCUGGAUCAUCAUUCACUUAUGGCAAAGCCUCCAGGAGAUAUGACAUGUAUUGGUUUUACCAACACAGGAAGUACCUCAAAAUCUCAAGAGAUUAAGUUUGUCAAAGCACUUGAGAGAGCACCUCCGGAAUAUCAAGUCAAAAGAAGUCUUCUGAAUGGCACUCAUAACGAUCACUACACCUCCUACAGAUGCUACAGAUGUAGAGAAUGGGGACACAUAAAACGUCAGUGCAUCAAGGAAUGGAGUCAGCAGCCUCAAAGCAUCUCAUCACAUCUAACAACAAUGGUGAGGACCAAGAUUGCUCUUCCAAAACGGAACACCAAAAAUCCAUGUCACAACAAGGAGCUGUGGACAAGAAGUGAUGAAGAAGAAAUUUCCCCAAAUCCUCCUCUGGGAAAUUCAGAGGAACAGCACGCUGAUGAGAAAUCUGAAGGUCCUGACGGAAGAAAAGAGGUUGAAGAUGAUGUUCUGCUACAUCCCUUGGCUGAAAUUUCAGAUAUAUUGUAUCUGAAGGAUACACCUGCGCAACAGCAAAAUGACAUGCAACGGGAGGAAGAAGAUGAUCCGGUGCAAGAAAAGGAAAUCCCAGAUCUGGUAGAUGAUGAACCACUCAUUGCAUGUUCAGAUGUACCGUUUGAAGACUCACAACCCAAAUCUCCAGUAUUCAAGAAGAAAAAGGUGAAGCAUUCUGGAUACAGAUGGUCCCUUCGUCAAAAGGCUAAAGAAGACCAAGAGACAGAAAAGGCGGAAGAAACUCAAGAAAGACCAACUCCAGAAAAAGGGAUGAAAAGGAAAGGGAAAUCCAAGGAUGAACUUGAAGAAGGGUCAAAAAGGCUGAAAAGGACACCCGCUACAAAAAGGCUUACCACCAGAAGUCAGAGUAGCAAAAUGAAAGAUGCGGAUGCUGAGAAUUCACCAAAACUAGGGAAGUUUCCUAAUCAGGUCUUUAUCUCAUCAAUUGCAAGUUCAUUUAUGUCUGAAAUUGCAAAGAAAUCCAUUCUGCCCCAAAGAAGCAUAGAUGUUGAUGAUUUUGAAACUAAGACCAAUCUCAUUCCUCUGUUGAAACAAUCCCACCUGUUCAAAUCUGUCACCAUACCUGGUUCAUAUUCCUCAAAGUCCAAAGUCCCAUCUUCUAUCUUAAAGAGUUCCUAUGCAAUCCUCUUCCGAGUUGCUGCUUACCACUGGCUUCCCACCACUCAUAUGAACACAGUACCUCUUUGCAUGGCCACUCUUAUUUACAAGGUUAAACAUGGAAUCCCAUUUAAUCUGGGAAAAAUCAUCUAUGACCAGAUCUUAAACUUUGCAUCUGAGAGAGCUAAAUUCAACUCCAAUGGGCUUCCAUAUCCACUGCUUAUUUUCCAAUAUCUUAAGUCACAGGGACUAAAUGUUGCAGAUGAAGACGAGCCAGCACCUCCUCUGUUGCAGGUGGACAUGAGGCAUUUUGAGGGGAGGCAUCACAAUGAUAUGGUGACGGGUGAAACCCAGAGGACUGCUACUGCCUUUCUUGGAUCAGGAUUCUCUCAAACUGCAUUUCUCAGAACUGAAAUUCAACUGCUUCAGGAACAAAUCGAUCGACACAAAGAACUGAUCAAAGAAGCUGAAGUAAAGAAGAAGAAAUUGGCCAUCAUACUAUCUUCUUUGGAUACAAAACCAGGUUCAGCUGCACAGUCUCAGGGGGAGGAGUCCCAGGAAGAUACAUCAGUAGAAGAUGAUGCUACUCAGGGGGGAGCAAACAUUGGAGGUAGGAAUGAUUUCAAUCUUCAAACUCGUGAAAAUAUAUUUGAGGAUGUUGAAGAGGUCGAGGAACCAACACCCGAUAGCAACGAUCCUACCGAGAGGGACGAGGAGACAGGAUGGGGUGACCAUCUGAUCUGCAACAAGAAAUACCAUUUCGUGUUCCCGUCAAGGGACACCGUGGCGGCGUGUUUCAGCUUCUGCCAGCAGCUGCAAAGCAGCGGCGCCGCCCAGGAUUCGCCGCCGUCGAACGCGGUGAUGAUGAUGAUGACUGACGAGCUGGAAGGGCACACGAUGCACGGCGUUUUCCACUGCAACGGCUACGGCCACUUGCUACGCAUUAAUGGUUUGGAGGGCGGUUCGAACUUGGCCGGCCAUCACAUCAUGGACUUCUGGGACCGCUUGUGCACCGCACUCCAUGCAAGGAGUGUGAGCUUGAAAGACACAAGUGAGAAGAAAGGAAUGGAGCUGAGGUUGGUGUAUGCGGUGGGGUACGGGGAGUCGUGGUUCGGACGGUGGGGGUACAAGUUCAGCCGCGGCACUUACGCCGUGAGCCAUGAGAUGUACGAAACCGCUGUCCGAACCCUGCAAAACAUACCGCUAACGCUGCUGGGACAUCACGCUCGGAACCAACACGAGUUGCUCGUCAUACUCUCGAGGUAUCAAAUCCUCUCGGGCCAUUCUCUGGCCACGCUCCACGACGCCUUCCACUUCAUGCUCCACCUCAAGACUCGCAUCCCUAAAGACGAUACCAGUGUCGGUGGCUGUUAUCCAGGGUUGUUGGUGGUGGACAGCACGUGCAGAUGGUCUCCUAAACGAGUGGAAAUGGCCAUAAGGGUGAUUGUGGAAGCCUUGAAAAGAGCUGAUUACCGAUGGGUUUCAAGGCAACAGGUUCGAGAUGCGGCUCGCAGUUACAUUGGUGACACUGGUCUCCUCGAUUUCGUCCUAAAAUCUCUGGGAAACCACAUAGUCGGAAAGUACUUAGUGCGACGGUGCCUGAAUCCAGUCACCAAAGUCUUGGAGUACUGUUUGGAGGACAUUUCUAACGCCUUCCCAAAGUAUGACGAUAUUCAUCAGGGCGGAGGACUUAGAGUGCCCAUGAACGAACCAAAAGUGAAGCCUAAGUACAAAAUCACUAGGGUUCAGCUCAUGAAGGAUGUGCAGUUCUUGUACAAGCACAUUCUAAUGGAUGAAAAUGGAGCCGGGGUUUUUGAGACCAUUCCGGCCGCCUCUAGGGUUAUUUUGGACUCCAAAUACUUUCUCAAGGAAUACUACGCUCCAAAGCUCAUGAAAAUGUCAGAGAGUUCAAUUGUGUACUGUGCAAUAAGGAUGGCAUACGCAACAAACGUGACGUUAGGGUUGGAUAAAGAAAGGGUUGUGACGCCAUAUGAAUGUAUGAUUUUACAAAACACCACAACCUUUGACGAUCUGAGGCUAGAAGUGGAGAGGAACUUCAGAGAAAUGUAUUGGGGAUUGAAGACUAACAAUUUUGUGGCGAAUUUGAACUUCUACCCUAAUGGUUCCGAUUUAGUAUUUGAGGCUAUUAAAGGUGGGAGCAAAUUGGUGUUUGAGGGAUUUAUCGGCGGGGGAAAUUUGGAUUAUGGUGGGAUGUUAGAAGGGAUAGACAAGAAUAGCAUUGUUGUGGAUUGUCCUUGUGGGACCAGGGAUGAGGAUGAUGGUGAGAGGAUGGUUUGUUGUGAUAUAUGUGAGGUCUGGCAGCAUACUCGUUGUGUACACAUCCCAAAUAACCAAUCAAUUCCAGAUAUUUUUUUGUGCGCCAAGUGUGAGCAACAUAUCCUACGCUUCCCACCAUUGCCAUAAAUCAGUUAAGGCAGGGUUGAUUCU